UCGCCCUGAUGAUCGAGAUGAGGAAGAGAAGAAGCACGUGAUCUCGCGUGCAUUUCUGGGAUUAAUCGCGACGGUGCAAACAUGAAGACCGAGAUGGAGACGGAGCCCGAGUGUGCAGAUGGUAGCCUGUGCUCGAGCAACAACAACAAUAAUAACAACAACAGUACCGGCAACAACAAUAACAAUGGCGUCGCCGCGGUCGUGAAGAAGGGUGGCAACGACAACUACGACGGGAUGGAAAUGGACUGCGGCGGCUGCGGGGAAAGCGUACGCGAGCGCACUGUCCUGUGCGUAGGGGGCCGUACUUGGCACUCCAGGUGCCUAAAGUGUUGCGCCUGUGCGAGGCCCCUGCAAGAUCAGCACUCGUGUUUCCUACGCGGGAUGCGGUUGUACUGCAGACACGAUUAUGCCUUAACGUUCGGCGCGAAAUGCGCGAAAUGCGGACGCAGCGUGGGCGCCGGCGACUGGGUGAGAAGAGCCAGGGAGCGGAUCUACCACUUGGCCUGUUUCGCCUGCGACGCCUGUUCCCGUCAAUUGUCCACGGGGGAGCAGUUCGCGCUUCUGGACGCACGAUUGCUCUGCAAGGCCCACUAUCUGGACGUGGUCGAGGGUAACAACACGUCUUCGUCGGAGGACUGCGACUCCGAGCACGGCGGCAAGGGCAGCAAGACGAAGCGCGUGAGGACAACCUUCACCGAGGAGCAGCUCUCGGUGUUGCAGGCCAACUUCCAGCUGGACAGCAAUCCCGACGGUCAGGAUCUCGAGAGAAUCGCUCAAGUGACCGGCCUGAGCAAGCGAGUCACGCAAGUCUGGUUUCAGAAUUCCCGCGCGAGGCAGAAGAAGCACAGCGGCAAGAUUAAGACGCAGAUGCACCACUCGCCGCCGAUGCAGCAUCACCCGGUCGAUCUGUAUCCUGGCGGAGUGAACGUGGUCGGCGCUUAUCUGGGCGGUUAUCAAGCCAGCAGCGCCGGUAGCGAAAGUCCAGGUAGUCCAUUAACGCCUCUCACGCCGCUCACGCCUCUCACACCGACUACGCCGAACCACUUGCAGGCGCAAUUCUGCCAUCCGGGGUAAAUCGACGUAAGGGCUCGUUUUUUACCACGAAAUCGUCGACACUGACGGUCGAGUAUUCACGUGCGCCGUCCGUGCGUGAAUCUUCCCUGAACGAUUCGUAUUCCGGAUCGUCUUCUAAUUUGUACAUAUCGAGAUAGAGAGAAAAAAAGAGAGAGAGAGAGGAGGGUGGUGAGAAUGUGUAAAAUAAACGCGUCUAAUAAUAGAAAAUAACAUAAUGCACGCGGAAGGUACGGAAAUCGCGUACCGAAAGCGUCUACGCUUAUUUAUUCCAAACUCGAUGCAACGGUUUUUAUGUGUAUUCGCGGUCAAGAACUAGAUUUCCUCGACAAUGCGGGGAGAUGGGAAACAAUGCAAGGAAGUGAAGUUCACUCGAGUUACGAGCACUCGGGCAAUAGCAUUAUCACAUCCUCUGUUCGCAAAUUCUCAACAUAGGUAGGUCUUUAUAAGUAUAAAUAAGUUGUGUAUAUAUAUAUAGGUGAGUUUUAGCUUUUGUACAUAUAUAAGCUCAUUGUAUCAUCAGACGUAUAUCGAAAGAGAUUCGCGUGAGAAUUUGAUAUCGUUCCCACCAUUGUCGCUGCAAUAUUGUAAACCAUGCUGUUAUCAAUAAAACGCAUCUUGCUGUUA